AUGAAGUUCGGCAAAGGUUUGUUGCAUGAGAUUCUACAGAGCAACGCAGAAUGGGCACCGUUCUGGCUCAACUACAAAGCCCUCAAGAAGCGCAUUAAGGUGGUGACCCGUGCGGCCCACCACGCUGCAAACCAACGCGAUAUUUCCGAAUCUGAAUUGGAGGUGGCUUUCUUUCGCGACCUGCAGACCGAACUCAAGAAAAUCUCGCUCUUUUUCGCUGCGGAGGAGAAGCGUUGUUCUUUCCGCUACCAACAGUUGCGGUCAGUGCUCAAGGUCCUCAAGCAGAAAAGAGGGAACAUUGAUGCGUUUGAAUCGCAGCGACUCAUGUUUGCCUUUGUGCAUUUCUAUCGCGAAUGCAUUCGCCUUGAAAACUUUGCCGUGAUAAAUUACCAAGGAUUUUCCAAGAUUCUCAAAAAGCACGACAAGAUGACGGGUUACCAUACGCGCUCCAAGUACAUGCGUCGUAAGGUGAACCUAUCGUCGUUCUCGAGUUAUCCGAGUUUGCUGCAGAUCUUGUCUAGCACCGAAGAAAUGUUUCACGAGGUGGAGCGCGACACCCGUAUGGCACCCGGUGUGUCCAGCAUAAAGUUUAACAUGAAGUCACGGGGGACAAUGAAUUCCGGUAAUGCCCGCGUGCCUGCUCCAGUGGUUCAUAUUUCGGUAGACGCGAGUAGUUCAUCCACGCCUGUAGUAUCGUCCCUACCUUCCAAGUUCCCAUCUUCCCACGACACGACGUCGAAGUCUUCUGCCAUUGCUGCAUCGUUCCCUACCUCGGUGUUAUGGACUCCAGAUGAUCAGAAUGCGGACAAUUUUCACGAGCUCCAACGACCUGCAAUAGUUUGA